AUGUCGGAUGGUAAAUCUCAAUAUGGGGAUUUCAAUUCAAAGAUUGAUUAUGUAUUCAAGGUUGUAUUGAUAGGAGACUCGGCUGUUGGCAAAUCUCAGCUCCUUGCGCGUUUCGCGAAAAAUGAAUUUAGUGUUGAUUCAAAAGCCACCAUUGGGGUUGAGUUUCAAACAAAGACUUUGGUUAUUGAUCAAAAGAUGGUCAAGGCCCAGAUUUGGGAUACUGCUGGUCAAGAAAGAUACCGAGCAGUAACAAGUGCAUAUUACAGAGGAGCAGUUGGUGCAAUGUUAGUCUAUGACAUGACAAAACGCCAAACGUUUGAUCAUAUGACUAGGUGGCUGGAAGAACUCAGGGGCCACGCUGAUAAAAACAUAGUGAUUAUGCUCAUUGGAAACAAAUGUGACUUGGCAAGUCUAAGAGCAGUACCAGUUGAAGAUGCACAAGAGUUUGCAGAACGAGAAAAUCUUUGCUUCAUGGAAACAUCGGCACUUGAGGCCACAAAUGUUGAAAGCGCGUUUCUAACAUCUUUGACGGAAAUAUAUAGGAUUAUAAGUAAGAAAUCUCUGAGUGCUGAUGGAGAUUAUGGAAAAUCGACAUCUCUGAAAGGAACUGCUAUACUUGUUCCUAACCAAGAUGAAAACACUGGUGGAAAGAGUGGUUGCUGUUGAGGGUAAUUCAUAUAUGUAUUUUUAUGUUUUACACCUUAAAUUAGCCUUCUAGUUAUUAAUUUUUUGAGAUUAUCAUUCAUCUAAGUCAUUUUCCUGCAUGCAAUUAAGCUGAAAAUUUUGUACAAAGGGAGUAUAUAUAUUUUUUCUAGAAUGAUUUGAGUAACCA